AGGGGAAGGUGUACUUCAUGCUGUGCUCAUGCGAUUCGUGUGCGCAAAGACAAACGUGUGGGAUAGAGUGUUUGCUGUACUGCCAUCUGCUGGAAACCCCCGGGGCAUGGCACCUCAAUGCCCCCCGGUUCGGGAGUUUCGCAUCAAUCGCGCGAUCCACAGUGCUGGAUUACGGGCCACCACGUGCAUUAGGAGUCAUGACACGAGCAGAGGUCUUCACCGUGCUGCUGUUCUGCUUUCUGGCUACAGGCAUGGCAGCCAAACUGCCCCUAAACCAAGAGGCACUGAGGAAGACUGUGAAGUCAGGCUUUCGCUCCAUCGAGGAGGGGAUCCUGCGUGUGAUCACGGGCAUCUUCGAGUCUCCCGUGGCAGAGAAGCUUCAUCGGAUGUACGUGAUGGGGCUUCAGUCGAUGGACAACGUCCUGAACCUGAUAGAAGACAUCAAGACCACAAAUUGCCUCUGAAAAUUGACAAGAGGCUGCCUUACAAGUCAUCCAGGCUUAAAAGGCCCAACUAUGGGAAGCUUGAAUAUUAUUGCAGUUUAAAUUGUGUUUUCUUUUCCAUGCAAUCGUUCGCUUAUAUAAAAUUAAAAAUCUAUAUUGAAAACUAA